AUGAACAGCUCACCGCCCCCGUACACAAACACGCCUGCAUCGACACCACCAGAUCUACCGGACAAGCGUACUACUAUGGAAGAAGAUGCGCCGGAGAAACCAUCUUUUAGAUCGGUACCACAAGGAGGAAAAGAAAAAACUAGUAGCCUUCAAUGCCGCAAAAACCAAAGAAGACGACAUUUUGGAAGAUGCAAUAGUGAAGGAAUGGCUCUCAUAAAUCGUGGAGUGAGAAUUAAGAAGAGAACCAUCCAGGAAGAAUCAAAACUUGGCUCUUGGAGUGAUGAAGAUGAAACCAAAGAAGAAAUAGAAGCCACUAACAUGUAUUUCAUGGCAAAAGGUGAAUCUAGCAAGGAAUAUGCCUGCAAAAGAUAUAAGAAGGAAAUAUGGGUCAUUGAUUGCAAAUUUUAUAGAGAAAUAAUCGAAAAGAAAGAAAAUUCAUGUGCUCUAACAAAAAUAGAUGGAGGAUCAAUCAGAUUCGGUGACAACGGUAGAGGCAACGUCAUUGGAGUCGGCUCAGUAAAGCUUAGCUCCUCAUGUGAGUUUACUGAAGUGUACUUGGUAGAUGGCCUUAAGCAUAACUUUCUCAACAUCAGUCAGCUGUGUGACGCUGGAUUUUGA